UUUUUUAAUGCCAUUACUUGAUGACUAUCUAGACUACACAUUUUUGAAAGCAAAUUUAUAAGCCGCUACAUAAUCUAGGAUUUUCUUACAAUAUCCUUCGGAUCUGGGGAAGUCUAAUAGAGGUACAUUAAAGGAGGUUACCCCGUCAAUGCCACAUGGUUAUACCUCUUCUUGGCAAGUUUUUGUAUUAGCUAACUACUUAUACUACAGCUCUUUGGUCAUGCAUUUUAUUGGUUUUGCCCACAAGUUUCUUCACACAGAUCCAGAAGUGAUAGUCAAGAUGGUUUCAAAGGUGAUAACAAUAUUAACCUCAUCUGCAGAACUGAUGGACCUCAUAAAAAAUGUGGCGGUGGUUUACCCUGCGGCGGAUGUCAGCGGUUCGAGUCCGCUUAUCUUGGAUAUUGUAUUCCAUUCAAAACCAGCUGGAUCAUCUAAAUCAAUGCUUAAUGCUUUGCAUAGAUAUGUUCCUGCUAUUUGUGAGCAAUAACAGGUACUCUAAUAGCUCGUCUUACCAGUGCAUCCUUAAUUCAUUGUUAGCCGUUAGCACACUUCAUUUUGAUCUUUCCUCUUAGUGAUUAAAUGAAAUGUACUCUCAUUUUACCGUUAGAAAUAUCUUGUCAGCAAGCAUCAAAAGUAAGUGAAGAAAUGCUGACCUCUGCAAUAGUAAUAGUGGUUACAGUAUGAUACAUGUAGAUGAUAUGUAGUUCCCUUAAAGUAAUGAAUGAAAAUAGAAAAAAGAUAUGAAUAACGUUAUAUUAUUUUAUCUUACGUGCCCAAUCUUCACUUGCACAUUUCAACCAACAUCUCUGAGCCAUUUGGAGAGAUGAGGUUAGGUCUUGAAAUUUGAUUUCUACUUUCAUAAAGAGAGGAGUGAUUUAUGUGUAUUGUGUUUACCAUUAUGAAACCUAUAAUCGUCUUCCUAAAUUAGGUCAUGUAGCUUUGGAAUGGUCUUACUAAAUUAUGAAAUGUCCAAGUGUCUAAUGAGCUUGCUUAUGCAUAGGGCUCAUCAGAUUUUCAAGAAAGUAUUAGCAACAUUUGUGUAACCUUUCUAGUAGAGCCUUAUUGCAUGCAUAUUCAUGCUAGCUCCAAUAGUCAUGAACUUAUGUUAGGGGUGUGAAUACCUUCACUUGGUAUGAAGUAGUAGCAACAAAUAAGUAUUCUUUAUUUUCAUGGAAAUAAAAAAGCGGCAAAUAACUUGUAUUUAAUAUUGCUUUUAUUUUAAAUUUAAAUCAUUUUAUGUUUUGUUUAUAUGUAAUUUCCUAUUUUAUCCUGUUAUAAUUGAAAAAUGAGAUGUUUUAUAACUUUGCAAAAAAUCUAAGAAGAUAGGGUGCAAACCAUUAAAAAUGAUAGGCUGAUGUGUAAAUCACAUUACUCUAAAAAGUCGUAUACAUUUAAUUCCUUGCAAUAUUCUACGGUCUAAUUCACUAAUUUCCAUUGCUGUAGAGUUUCCAGGAAACUACAAACUAAUUAUAAUACAAAAUGUUAGUGCUCACUUUUCAAAUCUGCUGCUCUGACUGCUGCAUAGUUGUAUGACUUAACAUAAGUUUACAAGCCAGUGUCAUUUUCACUCUGUAGAAAUUGGAUACACAUAGUCAAAAGUCUCAAUUCAGUGCAACUCCAAAUCCCACCUACUUCUUCUAUAAAUAUAUUUGCCAUACUAAAUAAACUUGUCAUCAUUCAUCACAAAAUGAAAUAUGGAGGUUUUUCUAGCCUUGGCAGGACUAGUUGUAUUAGCUUUUCUCUGUAAAAUUACCACUUCUCGACGCCCAGUUAACCGGAAGCUACCACCGGGUCCAAAACCAUGGCCCAUCAUUGGUAAUUUGAACCUACUUGGUCCUAUCCCACAUCAAUCUUUUGACUUGCUUUCCAAAAAAUAUGGAGAGCUGAUGCUGCUGAAAUUUGGCUCCAGGCCAGUUCUUGUGGCAUCAUCUGCUGAAAUGGCAAAACAGUUUCUAAAAAUACAUGAUGCAAAUUUCGCCUCCCGUCCUCUGUUAGCUGGUGGAAAGUAUACAAGCUAUAACUAUUGUGACAUGACAUGGGCACCGUAUGGUCCCUAUUGGCGCCAAGCACGACGAAUUUACCUGAACGAGAUAUUUACGCCAAAAAGGCUAGACUCGUUCGAGUACAUUCGUGUUGAAGAAAGGCAGACCUUUAUUUCCCAGCUAAAUUCUCUUGCUGGGAAGCCAUUUUUUCUGAAAGACCAUUUGUCACGAUUUAGCCUCUGUAGCAUGACAAGGAUGGUUUUGAGCAACAAGUACUUUGGUGAAUCAACAGUUAGGGUGGAAGAUUUGCAGCACCUAGUAGACCAAUGGUUUUUACUUAAUGGUGCUUUUAACAUUGGAGACUGGAUUCCAUGGCUCAGUUUGUUGGACCUGCAGGGGUAUGUGAAACAAAUGAAGGCUUUGAAAAGAAGUUUUGAUAAGUUCCACAACAUUGUGCUAGAUGACCACAGGGCUAAGAAGAAUGCAGAGAAGAAGGACAUGGUGGAUGUCUUGUUGCAGAUGGCUCAAGACCCUACUUUGGAAGUCAAACUCACAGAUGAUUGUGUCAAAGGAUUAAUGCAGGAUCUACUAACUGGAGGAACAGAUAGCUUGACAGCAGCAGUGCAAUGGGCUUUUCAAGAACUUCUUAGACAGCCAAGGGUUAUUGACAAGGCAAUCCAAGAGCUUGACCAGGUUGUCGGAAAGGAGAGAUGGGUAGAAGAGAGAGAUUGUUCACAGCUAUUGUACAUUGAAGCAAUUCUCAAGGAAACACUAAGGUUACAUCCUCUUGGAACUAUGCUAGCACCACAUUGUGCUAUUGAAGAUUGUAAUGUGGCUGGUUAUGACAUAGAGAAAGGAACGACCGUUCUGGUGAAUGUUUGGACCAUUGGAAGGGACCCCAAGUACUGGGAUAGAGCAGAAGAGUUUCUCCCAGAGAGGUUCCUAGAAAAGGACAUUGACAUGGAUGGACAUAACUUUUCCUUCUUGCCAUUUGGCUCGGGGAGAAGGAGAUGCCCUGGCUAUAGUUUGGGACUUAAGGUUAUCCGAGCAACUUUAGCCAACAUGUUGCAUGGAUUCAUCUGGAAAUUACCUCAAGGUAUGAAUACAGAAAGCAUAAGUGUGGAAGAACAUUAUGGGCUCACAACACAUCCAAAGUUUCCUGUUCCUGUGAUCUUGGAACCUAGACUCUCUUCACAUCUCUAUUCCCCUAAGUGAAGGAACUUUUGGAUUACUAUUAAACAUGAACAACUUUUAGGUUUUUGUCUAUUCUGUUUUUGGAUAAGUUUAUACAAGAACAAAAUAAGACAUAUAUGAAUAAAAAUAGUUGUUAUAUCGA